UUUCACGUUUUACAACAAACCAAAGUAAAGAAAAAGAUGUAAAAGACAAAAGAAGAUGAAACAAAUUAGUAUUCAAAUAGUGAGAUGUAGUUGGGUGCCGGGAAGUCUUCUUUAAAUGCUCCACCGUUCUAUGAGAUUUUCUCUCACUCUCAGUCUUCACAGCUCAAGAUUUUCUUUCUUAUCUUCUGAAACUGAUAAGAGUUGCAAGAAAUGGCCGCUCAAUUGCUUCUGCCUCGUCCAAACCCAUUCACCAAGUCAGCCUCAGCUAAACUUUUCUUCACAGGUGAUGACUCAACUCUGAAAAGAAAGUCAAAACACCCAACAAGAGUUUCAAAUGGAUUUAGCUUAAGAGCAAACGCAGCUUUUAGAUCUAACCAUAGCUCAUCUGUUGAAAUUCCAAGUCAAUGGUACAAUAUUGUUUCUGAUCUCUCUGUUAAGCCUCCUCCACCAUUGCAUCCCAAGACUUUCGAACCCAUUAAACCAGAGGAUUUAGCUCAUCUUUUCCCUAAUGAGAUAAUUAAACAAGAAGCAACACUAGAGAGGUUUAUCGAUAUACCCGAGGAAGUUCUUGAAAUCUAUAAGCUUUGGCGUCCAACUCCUCUAAUCAGAGCAAAGAGAUUGGAGAAGCUUCUCCAGACACCUGCAAGGAUAUACUUCAAGUAUGAAGGUGGUAGCCCAGCUGGUUCACACAAACCAAACUCAGCAGUUCCACAAGCUUAUUACAAUGCUAAAGAAGGUGUCAAGAACCUUGUAACGGAAACCGGUGCUGGCCAGUGGGGCAGUUCUUUAGCCUUUGCUUCUAGUCUAUUUGGACUUAAUUGUGAAGUGUGGCAGGUGGCCAAUUCAUACCAUCAAAAGCCAUAUCGCAGGCUAAUGAUGCAAACUUGGGGGGCAAAGGUUCAUCCGUCACCAUCGGAUCUCACUGAAGCAGGUAGAAGAAUCCUUCAGGUCGAUCCAUCAAGCCCGGGAAGUUUAGGCAUUGCAAUAUCAGAAGCUGUUGAAGUGGCAGCAAGAAACGAGGAUACAAAAUACUGCUUAGGGAGUGUAUUGAACCAUGUGUUGUUACACCAGACGGUUAUUGGAGAAGAAUGCAUAAAGCAGAUGGAAGAUUUUGGCGAAACGCCUGAUGUGAUCAUAGGAUGUACUGGUGGAGGAUCAAAUUUUGCUGGUUUGAGUUUUCCGUAUAUCCGGGAGAAACUCAAAGGCAAAAUCAACCCUGUUAUAAGAGCUGUUGAGCCCUCAGCUUGUCCUUCCUUGACCAAAGGAGUUUAUGCUUAUGAUUUUGGCGAUACUGCUGGAUUGACUCCUUUGAUGAAGAUGCAUACUUUAGGGCAUGACUUCAUUCCUGAUCCUAUCCAUUCUGGUGGAUUACGGUACCAUGGGAUGGCCCCAUUGAUCUCACAUGUUUAUGAACAAGGUUUCAUGGAAGCAAUCUCAAUUCCUCAAACUGAGUGUUUCCAAGGGGCUAUUCAGUUCGCGAGAACAGAAGGGAUAAUACCUGCGCCAGAACCGACUCAUGCCAUUGCUGCAACCAUAAGAGAAGCUCUCCGAUGCAAAGAAACAGGAGAAGCAAAAGUGAUACUAAUGGCGAUGUGUGGACAUGGCCACUUUGACCUUACUUCUUACGACAAGUAUUUAAGAGGCGAAUUGAUAGAUUUAUCAUUUAGCGAAGAGAGGAUUCGAGAGUCUUUGUCUAAGGUUCCUCAUGUUGUUUAGCUCCAAAUUAUGCCCCAUGUUCCGAAACAGACGUGAAAUAAGUUGGGCCAAUUUCAUGGCCUUUCGAAUAAAGAGUGAAACAGGAAUUUUAAUAAUGGACACAGUCUUUUCUUUU